GCAUAGGAUUAACCUGUGCUGCUAAUCCUACACACCACAACUAUUCUACUGGUUACAUCGUGGAAACAUUGUAACCAUGAAAUGUAUCCAUAGGUCUUAAUAGAUGUAUAGAGGUGGAGUAACUCGAUUUACGAGCGCGCUUAUGCCAAAUACCGACCGACUGGAACGUGGAAUAGCUGUUGAAUUCACGUCUGUGCUCAGUGUUGUGGUGGGUUGGAUCAAGGCGUGUCGCGCUAGCCAUGUAGGCCUGCCUAUAUAAUGGGAACGUUAGUCCUGACCGGGAGAAGCUUGAAGUCGCGCCACUCAUUCUGUGCUAUCAGCAGUUUCACAUUCAUCGGCAGUCACAGGAGAGCUUUCACAAUGGCAGAACACUUUACAGAGCAAAUAGUAUUUAACAAACCAAAGAUUGAGCUGCAUGUGCAUCUUGAUGGCGCUCUCCGAGUGGAGACCAUCCUAGACGUUGCCAAGCGACGUGGGAUCCCCCUACCUGCAUACACAGUGGAGGACAUGAGACGAAUCUGUGUGAUACACCAGCCUGCCACCCUCACAGAGUUCCUCGGCAAGUUCGCAGAGUACAUGCACGUUAUUGCUGGCGACAGAGAGGCGAUCAAGAGGAUAGCUUACGAGUUUGUGGAGGACAAAGCCAAAGAAGGGGUCAUCUACGUUGAAGUUAGAUACAGCCCACACUUGCUGGCUAACACUGACGUGGAACCCAUUCCAUGGAACCAAGAAGAAGGUGACCUGAGCCCAGAUGAGGUGGUUCACUUGGUGAACCAGGGACUGGCCGAGGGAGAGAAGGCGUACAAGAUCAAAGCCAGGUCCAUUCUGUGCUGCAUGCGCCACAUGCCAAGCUGGUCCAUGGACGUGGUGGAGUUGUGUAAGAAGUAUAAGAAGAACGGAGUGGUGGCUAUUGAUCUGGCAGGAGACGAGUCACUCAACUGUGAGGCCUUCCCAGGACACAGGAUGGCCUAUGAGGAAGCAGCGAGAUGUGGGAUCCAUAGAACAGUCCAUGCAGGAGAGGUGGGCCCUGCCUCGGUGGUGAAAGAGGCUGUGGAGGUCCUGAAAGCAGAGAGAGUAGGACAUGGAUACAACACACUGAAGGAUCAAGUGUUGUACAAACAGCUCCUGGAGCAGAACAUGCAUUUUGAGGUGUGUCCCAUAUCCAGCAGACUGACUGGAGCCUGUCAUCCAGACUUCACCGAGCAUCCUGUCAUCACAUUCAGGAAGGAUAAGGCCAACUACUCCCUGAACACAGAUGACCCUUUGAUUUUCAACUCCAACCUGCACUUAGACUACAGCACUGCCCAGAAGUACAUGGGUUUCACUGAGGAGGAAUUCAAGAGACUGAACAUAAACUCCGCUAACUCCAGCUUCUUGCCUGAGAAGGAGAAGAAGGAUCUUGUUAACGAGUUGUAUGAAGCCUAUGGGAUGGUGGAGAACAGUCUUUUGAAAUGAAGCGCUGAUCAGAUCCGCUUAAAUGGCAACACAACAAACCAGGAACCAACCACUUUAAACUCUUACUUCCACUCUGGAAUGUCUAUGCUCCUAUGUGUACAUACAUUGAACUAGCAAUAUGUUAUUGUACUGCUGUACAUAGCUUAAACGCUCUCAUUGCAAUGGAGAAAAAAAACGGUUAAUUAGUAUUCCAUCUAACUGUGGAUCCCACUGAUAAAGCAGUUGUUUAGCCUACUGUGGAAUUGGUGCAGAGAUAUAAAGAUGGUCUUAAAUGAUUUAUUUCAACCUGAUGGUAAACAGUACAAUCUGUUUGGUCUUUCUCAAAGUGAAACUAACAACUUACCUUGCCUCAUCAAACAACAAGCACUUUAUAUGCCUCAGUCAAUUCUCAGUACUUUUUGCAUCCGGUAUAUAUCAUAUAUCAUUAAUUGAAUGUAAUAGAUGUGUACUAUCCAUUUAUGCUUAAAGGUAAGUACUUUUCAUCUACUGGUGGUAAAGGAAAGCUAUUGUGUACUAUAUAUGAGUUGUGCCUAGGUCAAGUGAGAUAGGCCAAUAGACCGUUUGAAUCACUAUGCCCACAACUUACUUAAAAAAAAAAAAUGUGGGGAUGCAUCGGGUUUACCAGCUCUAUACCAAAUAUUUUCUAAACAUUUAAUGUUGUUGUAGUUCGCCACCUAGUGGUCAACUAUAACUAUCUACUAGCCAUCUCAUUGUAAGACCGCCUACUAAAGUGGUCUUACUGUUUUAAGAAUAACUUGUGUAAUAUGUUUUUCUCAGAUUUUUAUAGCGUAACACAUUUUAUACAUUUUUACUAAUUUGAAAGUAAAUCAAUGUAUUAUACAUCUCUUCUGUGGAGGACAAUGACGUUAAAAUACGAGCAAUGUCUACAAUUAAACACUUUUGCAUCAAA